CUGUUAAUAAUAACAUUUCAGAAGAAGUUAUUUACGUUACUAAACUUGAUUUUGAUGAUGAAACUGUUCGAAAAGUUCAUGAAGGUUUACGUGAAUGUUUACCUUCCGAUAUCGAUAUACCUAGUAUAAUUUGCGAGUCUCAGCAAGAAGACGGUUCCUUUAAACUAAGUCCUUUUAUAAUUGACCAUCUCAAUCAACCAGAUGACGUUGUUGAAUCCCUUAAACGGUUCGUUGGUAGUCCCCGACUAAGAGGAUGUGAUGAUUCUGUUUGGAACACAGCUUUUACGAUCCAUUAUCUUAAGAACAUUUUACCAGAUCAUGAAAAUAAAUGGCGUGAUGCCUGUGAUCGCGCUAGUAAAUGGUUAUCUGAACAGAUCAAUGACAAGAACUUGGAGAAGGAAAUGUUUUCUGCAUGUAAACAAUACUUAGUUAAACAAGGAAGUCGUGUCCUUUAUGCAACUAAACGAAAAAAUAGAGAAAGUUUUAGGGUUAUGAAGCUUAAUGUUGACGAAGAAACACGUAAAGCAGUUUUUGAUUAUUUACGCUCUAAAGGCACAGCAGAUCUUGCUC